CUUUUUUACCUGAACCUGCUAAACAUGGACUAGUCAGACAGUUGUGAUUUCGCGUAAAAGUGCAAUAGUUUUUAGCUUCCAAACGUCACAGAUUCAUGAAAGACAAGAAUAUGCUCGUGGUCUACGCCUCGUCCUCGUUCCCUACGAUGCAUUGUAGCGCUUGAGUGGUCGUGCCUUCGAAUACGAAGAUGAGCGCGAUUUGGGGGCACAAAAGGAAAAGCUCCACUCCUGUGGUAGGCGCAACGAGCACCGCGAGAUCCGUAACAACUUCUGUUCCGGGCGAUGCUUCACGAUGUUCGCCUAUGCUGAGAAGCAUCUGCCAAACGCUGAUGGAAAGGGUAGUUGUACUCCGAGUGCUUGUGAUUAAGGCUUCCCACAAUUCUUCUUGAGAAGCAUCUUUGGAGUAUUUUCAAAGGGAAAAAUGGUCAAAGAUGGGCUUCAAGAUGAAUAGCGGGAAGGUCUAAUGUGAUCUUUGUUUGCCUCGUUUCACUCCCGACUUUUGUUGAGGGGUUCGGAUGCUUCUCCGAUUACAGCAUGUCAUGGUGCAACAACCAAACCGAGGAGAGCUGCGUCCACGACUACACCUUUUCAGUCUCCCAUUUUCAGCGGAAGCUGGACGGCUACUACAGGCACAACCGGAGGCCGCCGAUUCUAGAGGCUUAUUUUCUGCUCAAGACUCCAAAGCCAUACCAAGACGAAUUUCUGACGGCAGAUUGUGCGCCGCCAUUGAUCAUGGCGUACCUUCUUGUGGCAGAGUCGAGAAUCCAGUUUGAUCCGCAGGCUUUAGGAAUAUUCGACAUGGCGAUGCAACAUAUCCAGUCGAUGUCCCCAGAGCAAACAUUUAUGCUCACGCAGACGGACACCUGGCCUUUCAGUGAGGCUGUUCAACGCAUAGAAGCCAGUGCGGAAUACUACGACACGCUCAGAGCAAGACGCGGCUACCCAGGAGGGGCGAUGUUAGGACUUUCGCGUUUAAACCGAAAUGAGAAGGACUUGAAGUGAACAUUGCGCGAUGAUGAGGUUUUUUUUCGUUGCAGAAGGUCUCGAUAGAGAAAAAAAGCAUUCUUGGCACUAUUUGGUCCUGCCGUGUUAGUUUUUCAGGAUGAAAUCAGUGACAUUGUCGGUCUAAAGACUUUCGAAUUUCUAACUUCCUUGGAUGGAGGACCCCAAGCUCAAGCACAACCGGCACCGGCGGGAGCUGUCUCAGCAUCCUCUCUGGCAAAUGGAGUUCAGUUCACGCCAAUCACGAUGGAUUUUGUGAUGUCGCAUUGUAAGGAGCGGGACUUUCAGUGGAUGGACAAGGACAUGCGAAAUCACCUGUCGUAUGGAGUGCAAGGAAGGCUACUCAUCUACGAAAAAUGCCAUGAACAGAUUGCCACGGACGACCCGUUCUUCGCCCAAAGCAUCGUAGCUAGCCGCAUGUUCACGAGGGGCGUCAUUUCUGUUCCAACACCAGACCCCAGCUUCGUUGCGCGAGGAGACGAGUGCUCAGCAUACUUGAGACACAUCGUGGAUCGCUACGGGACAGAAAUUCCUAAUGCUGGGAUGUUGACAGGAUUAUGGCUUCAAGGAAUCCAUCUUAGCCAACAUCUUGGGGCCAAUUCCUAAAGAAAAACAGGCACUGCUGGGACGCAUCACAAGAUGGAUGUCUCGUAGCUCUAACAGGAGGAGGAAAUGGUGGAGGACAAGGAGUAGGAAAUGCAAAGGGAGCGGUUGUCAACAGUGAUUUGGCAGACUUUACGAUUUUCAUGCAUAGCGAUCCUUACGACCACAUGCACAUGAGUUUCAUGGGCGUGAUCUUGCAGGCGGUGGCUCGUGGGACUUUUGAACAGCACUUCAUGCACCUUAACGGCCCUAGGCACGUUCGCACACUAACCCCAUGCCUUCAGGCAGUGAGCGAAGCGAUUUUUGGACACCCUAUCACGUACUCAGUCGGGCCGUACUGCUGUGCACAGUUUUUAGUUAUGGCACAAUAAGAAGAUUGUAUCUUCAGGUGGUUUCGAAGAUGGACUCGUCAGUGGGUUAGUUAUCCUUACUUUUCUCAGCGUUGAAACUGUAAGCUGCCUAACAGAAAUGAUCUAGAAAUCACCAACAUGGAGUCUAGAUCUCCUCGAAAGUUGCACUUCUUAUGAUUUUAGGAGCUGAAAAGUGUGAUAAUGUUCAGUGUAAGCUUCAUUUUCUCUAAAAGUAUGAGCUUAAGUGAUGUCUGGAUGUGAUUCACUAGUUUUUUCUGAUGCAAUGCAAAUGUUGGUAAAAGCUUUCAUCAGGAAAUGAAAUUGGAUUAAAAGUUCAUAAAAAACCAUUUUUUCGAGGAUUCCACUGAAAACGAAAAUCUGAGUUCGAAUUUAGGCAGGAGAGUGCAGGUUCGUGAGUGUGCGUUGACUAGAUGGGUAUUCUAGUUCGUGUUGUAAUCAUGUAAGUUGAAGCCUAUUCUGAGCUAUAGCUAUGUGGCACUUUCCUCCAACGUUUCUGCAUCUUCGAAUUAGUUGCCUACUGUUGCUAACUGGUGCACUUCCUUCCUUAGUCGUUUGCUCGCGUUGAUGGGCUAGAAACUUGCUGCUGCUGUUGUUGGUGUUGUUGGCGUUCUGUGUCUUACAAGAUGGGCCUACUCCUAUCAUCACUUGACUCAGGGGCCUUUUCGUUUUCCUCUCUCCCAAAUAGAGCCGUCAGGGGUCCAAGCGGGCCACCUCUUCUUCUUGCGCCUCUAUCUGUUCGACAGUGCGAAAUCGAGACUGGGGCUGCGGCCAAUCUUGACUUCGCAGUGUGGAAUCAAGACUCGGGCGGCGGCCAAUGGUCUUGAUUUCACAGCGCGGAAGCAAGACCCGGGCUGCGGCCAAUCUUGAUUUCACAGUGCGAAAUCAAGACUCGAGCUGCGGCUAAUCUUGAUUUCGCAGUGCGAAAUCAAGACUCGGGCUGCGGCUAAUCUUGGUUUCGCAGUGCGAAGUCAAGACUUUUCGUAGAUCUUUGCCGACUACGACAAAUCUUGAUUACGCACGGCGUAAUCAAGAUUUGUCGUAGAUGCGAAAAAUCGUUUUCAUCUUACGAAGAUUUGUCGCAUCUACGACAAGUCACGUCUCCACCACAGUGGAAGCAGGUUUGCGGGGGGUCGGCCAAGAUCUACGACAAAUCUUGAUUCCGCACUGCGGAAUCAAGAUUUUUCGUAGCCGGCCAAGAUCUGCGACAAAUCUUGAUUCCGCAGUGCGGAAUCUUGAUUACGCGCGGCGUAAUCAAGAUUUGUCGCAGAUGCGACAAAUCUUCGUAAGAUGAAAAAGAUUGGUCGCAUCUACGGCACAUCCUGUUUCCACCAGGUUUUUGGGGGGUCGGCCAAGAUCUACGACAAAUCUUGAUUCCGCACUGCGGAAUCAAGAUUUGUCGCAGCCGGCCAAGAUCUCCGACAAAUCUUGAUUCCGCAGUGCGGAAUCAAGAUUUGUCGUAGAUCUUGGCCGACCCCUCAAAAACCUGUUUCCACUGUGGUGGAAACAGGAUCUGUCGUAGAUGCGACAAAUCUUCGUAGGAUGAAAAAGAUUUGUCGCAUCUACGACAAAUCCUGUUUCCACCACAGUGGAAACAGGUUUUUGGGGGGUCGGCCAAGAUCUACGACAAAUCUUGAUUCCGCACUGCGGAAUCAAGAUUUUUCGUAGCCGGCCAAGAUCUGCGACAAAUCCUGACUUCGCAGCCCGAAUCUUGAUUACGCACGGCGUAAUCAAGAUUCGUCGUAGAUGCGAAAACUCUUUUUCAUCUUAUGAAGAUUUGCCGCAUCUACGACAAAUCACGUUUCCACCACUGUGGAAACGGGAUUUGUAGCAGUUCUGCCAAACCUACGACAAAUCUUGACUUCACAGUGCGGAAUCAAGGUCCGAGCUGCGGCUAGUCUCGAUUUCGCAGCGCGAAAUCAAGACUCGGGGCGGCUGCGGCUGAUCUGUCGUAGAUUUUGGCCGAUCUUGCAAAAACCUGCGUUACGCGGUGCGACCCACGAGCCGCCUCUGGUGCAGAAAAUAAAAAAUCAGUUCCUGGCGCAUAUUUUUCGCUCUGAUAAAGGUAAGCACCGACAGAAUGGACUUUACGGAUUUCAUUCGUCUCAAAAAUAAUCCUAGAAGGAAAGCUCCACUCUGUCGCUGCUUAUCGUUAGCCGAAUGCUAGCCCUAGCCGACAGCGGACGCUGCUAGUUGAAAUGGAUAGACGCCGACCGGUCGCAUGGCUCGCGUUGUUGUUCCUCUUUUUGCGUUUUCGUUGUUGGGCCAGGCGGUGGCGGAUGCUCUCCCGGACUCAUGUCGUCGAUAGAAUAACACACAGCACCAUAUUAACACUAAGCAACUUUCUCGGACCUGUUAGAUUUGGUUGGCAAAGUGCCACUAAGAUAGUCCUCUCUCAGUUAUGGUCUAGUCUUGGUCCUGGAUAUUGCCUAUUCUUGGAUAGGGUCGAAACAGGUGAAUUAGAAGUUUUAGUGCAACUAGUUGACGAUGAUACUGAUAGCGAACCAAUGAAUCGUGAUCAUCGUGAUUCGUUGUCCCAUGUUGCGAUGCUAGUAUUUUGUCCUUAUUUUCUAAUCGAAUCUCGCGCGAUCGCAUCCAGAGCAGGCCUCUCGCUUUCUAUGAGCGAAUGCGUGCGCUGGUCAACGGAUCGAUGCCCUAUGAUCUGUGCACGACGUCCAGGGUAGCACGAAGUACCCACUGCUACGGCAUGGAGUUUCUCUGGCAUAUCGUCUUUGGGGAGGAAGCAGACCCACCUUUGCGUCAAGACGACCCUACUUAAGGCCCAACACAAUUCAUUCUCAAGGGUCAUUUCUCAUUGUUUCUUUCUUUGGACGACGAUUGGAAGAAAUGCAGGCAGCAAGGGAGCACUCUCAGCAUCAUCCUUGUCCCUUUUUCUACUUGAAGACCGGGGAAGAUCAAAGAGGCACUCAGGGCUGCUCCAACCUAAGAACAUGAUAAAAGGGACUGGAACGACAGGAGGUAGUUGAGCUCUAACCUAAUCUGCCUGUUGCCUUUCGCCUAAAGUUCGGAGUGGAGCAUGAUAAAAGGGACUGGAACGACGUGGUGCUCAGUCCUAACGUGCCCAAGAAUUAUGCUUUCUCUGAUGAUCAUUCAAUUUCAAUUUGAUAACAAGGAUGAGAAUCCUAGUGCAGCUUUUCUUAGGUGAAAAGCAACUACUUGUUGCUCGCCAUCGCCGAUGAGUAGAAGGUUCUCACGUACACGAUAUUGUUGACAACAAAGCACACUUACUGUUGUACUACAUCGGCAAGAUAAUGGGUCAUUAAAAACUGUCUUUCUCAACCAUUCAGCAUCACGUCUCUAAGAAAAAAUUGUAACGCAGCAGGAUUGGGAUGGAGAGAAUUUCGUCUACACGCGUGGCGGACCAGGCACUGAAAAACGUGGGGACGACGCCCCGCGACCUGCGUAAGGGAAUGGAUCGCCUAGUAGUGUCAGAACGCGGGGACGACGCGCCGCGACCUGCGUAAGGGAAUGGAUCCGCCUAGUAGAGUGCUGCGGGUAUUCUUGUGUGGCAACGACAUAUAGUGAUGGAAUAGUAAACGACAUCUAGCGAUUAAUAUCAGGAAACAAGAAGGGCAGUUCGGGACACAUAAUGAUUUCUUGGGGUGAACAAGGGACGGAUUGAAUGCGGUAUUUCGACGAGAUGACAGAUGACACAACGCCGUUGAUGAACAAAUGAUAGUUCGCUCAAGAAGAUGACUACAUCUUCUUAGAAAAAUACUGACGCAAACGUAAUAAAUUUUACGAGGACAUUGUCGUGGACAGACACGCAAAUACUAAGUUAAUAGGCCUUGUUUCCCGCAUGGGCAAACGAUGGUACUUCUAU